CAGAGGAAACUAGUCAUAAAAACCCUGAGAACUGACUAUCAGCUGAUAGAUCUCUUCCUGAUAGCGCCUCAUAACAGCUCACACUUUUUUCCAGACUAGAGCAAAUCUUCAGGAGCCGACCAGGAUCCAGAGCUGUGUCAGCCCCACUUGGCAGUGAUCUCUUUCCCCAUGCUUGAGGGCGCCGAGCUGUACUUCAACGUGGACCAUGGCUACCUGGAAGGCCUGGUGCGUGGGUGCAAGGCCAGCCUCCUGACCCAGCAGGACUACAUCAACCUGGUCCAGUGUGAGACCCUGGAAGAUGUGAAAAUUCAUCUCCAGACCACUGAUUAUGGCAACUUCUUGGCUAAUCAAACAAAUCCUCUUACUGUUUCCAAAAUUGACACGGAGAUGAGGAAAAAGCUAUGCAGAGAAUUUGAAUAUUUCCGGAAUCAUUCCCUGGAACCGCUGAGCACAUUUUUUACGUACAUGACGUGCAGUUACAUGAUAGACAAUGUGAUUCUACUGAUGAAUGGUGCCUUGCAAAAAAAAUCGGUGAAAGAAAUUCUGGUCAAGUGCCACCCAUUGGGCCGUUUCACAGAAAUGGAAGCUGUCAACAUUGCGGAGACACCUUCUGAUCUCUUUAAUGCUGUUCUGGUUGAAACACCAUUAGCUCCAUUCUUUCAAGACUGUAUGUCUGAAAAUACCCUUAAUGAACUGAAUAUUGAAUUACUGCGCAAUAAAUUGUACAAGUCUUACCUCGAGGCAUUCUAUAAAUUUUGUAAGAAUCAUGGUGAUGUCACUGCAGAAAUCAUGUGUCCCAUUCUUGAGUUUGAGGCUGACAGACGGGCUUUUAUCAUCACUCUCAACUCCUUUGGCACCGAACUGAGCAAAGAUGACCGGGAGACCCUCUACCCGACCUGUGGCAAGCUCUAUCCUGAAGGAUUGCGCCUGUUGGCUCAAGCAGAAGACUUUGAUCAGAUGAGAAGAGUAGCAGACCAUUAUGGAGUAUACAAGCCUUUGUUUGAGGCUGUGGGUGAUGGCAAUGGAGGAAAGACAUUGGAGGAUGUGUUUUAUGAGCGUGAGGUACAAAUGAAUGUGCUGGCAUUCAACAGGCAAUUCCACUAUGGUGUGUUUUACGCAUACACAAAGCUGAAGGAACAAGAAAUGAGAAAUAUCGUGUGGAUAGCAGAAUGCAUUUCACAAAGACAUCGAACUAAAAUUAACAGCUACAUUCCAAUUUUAUAACUCAGUGUGGGGCCUCAAAUAUAGAAAAUCUUCAAUAUGAAGAAGAGGUUCUGAGGAAAAUAAAAAGAAUUGUGUUACAAUUAUCUGUGUUACACAAAAAUAAUUCACACUACACCUUCACAAGUUGCAGACCCAUUAGAAAUAUAGUAAACCAACAGACACAAAGUGUUUUUUUUUUCCAGUAGCCUUAAAUUUUGUUUCCACAUUUAUGUCUUCCUCUUUACCAGACUUUAGACAUUAAUUCUAACUAACUGUAUGGUACUUUUCCUAUUCUUGUUUGGUUGUAUUAACAAUCAGAUCUAAUUAAAAUGUUUUACUUUUGCUUUCCCAUGCUUCUCCACAGGCCCAAUAAUGUCUGCUUUAUUUUUCCUCACCUAGGUCCACAAAAACCCAGGAUUGUAUGAGGCUAGCAUUGAUCACAUGUGAUGAAAAUACUGUAUUUUUUCUUUUUUUUAUUUUCAAGAUUGAUAAUUAUUAUUAUUUUUUUUUUUUUGAGAGAGAGAGAGUGUGGUCACAUGCAAGUAGGGGGUGACGCAGAGGGAGAGAAUCUUCAAUCAAAUUCCCAGCUGAGCAUGGAGCCCAAUAUACGGCUCAAUCCCGAGACACCUGAGCCACCCAGGCACCCCAAAAUUGAAAGAAUUUAAAGUAUACAAUGUGAUGAUUUGAUAUACAUAUAUAUUGUGAAAGAAUUCCCCUCAUCAAGUUAGUUAUAUAUCCAUCACUUCACGUAGUUGUCUUCCAUCCCACCCCCCACCCCCCCACUCCCUGUGAGAAUAUUUAAGUUCUACUGUCUUGGUAAAUUUCAGUUAUACAAUAAUGUCAUCAACUAUAGUCACCAUGUUAUACAUUAGAUCCUCAAACCUUAUUCAUCUAUAACUGAAAGCUUGUCCUCUUUUACUAACUCUUCCAUAUUUCCCCAUCCCCCAGCCUCUGGCAACCAUUUUUCUACUCACUAUUUCUAGGAGUUAAAUUUUUUACUUUUUUUAGAUUCCACACAUAAGUGAAAAUUAAAAGGAAAUGUAGAGCUAAGAUUUUAAUAAUCUUUAUGAUUAGAUUUUUUAAUUCAAUAAUAUUUUUCUUAAGAUUUAUGGAGACAUGGAAGAGUAGAUAAUCAUGACUCUUAGCUUUCAGUGUCCAGAUCAUGUGGUUGUACACAAGCUUCAUCUUGUUGGUGUGGUGACAGUGAUUGAUAUCGAAUAAAAUUUUCAAAGCCUCAAAGGCUUUUCAAUAGAAAGAUCAGAGGAAAGUUAUGCAAUAUCCACACAUGCAAAUACAUAAACAUAAAUCAUAUUUUAGAGAAUUACUGUUUUGCAGAUUAAUUGUCCCUUGUGCUAGAUAUAACUGUGAAAUAUCAGGAUUAUCUGAGUCAUAGAAUUUAAUAUGAGAUGCUAACAGUGGCUUUAAUCAUUCGAGUUCACAUAACCCUUUAAGAAUAUGAUGAGCACUAUGGAUACUUUCCCUGAGAAUAAUAGACAUCUGCAUAUUCAUCCAAAAUUUUACAUAGUUUUUGAAAAGACUAUGGAUCCUCUAAAAUCCAUUCAUGUGCAACCUAGAAGUCCAAAGACUCCAGGUUAAAAAACUCCAUUGCACAGGCCAAGGAAUAAAAGAAUACAACAGGUUAGAAAGUCAUGGAUGAGAAAGGAUUUGAUUUAAGAAAUAAAAUAGAAGGGGGCAGAAAAAGAAAAAAAUAGAAGGGGGCAGCCUGGGUGGCUCAGCGGUUUAGCGCCACCUUCAUCCCAGGGUGUGUUCCUGGAGACUCAGGAUCGAGUCCCACGUCAGGCUCCUUGCAUGGAGCCUGCUUCUCCCUCUGCCUGCGUCUCUGCCCCUCUCUCUCUCUCUCUCUCUCUCUCUC